AUGCGAGUGCCCUCUCCGCUCACCAGCAUGCUUUACUUCCAGAUGGUGAUCAUGGCAGGGACCGUGAUGCUGGCUUAUUACUUCGAGUACACGGACACCUUCACCGUCAACGUGCAAGGCUUCUUCUGCUACGAGGGCGCGUACCGAAAGCCCUACCCGGGCCCGGAGGACCGCAGCGCCGUGCCGCCGGUGCUCCUCUACUCGCUGACCGCAGGCGUGCCCGUGCUGGUGAUUAUCGUUGGAGAAACUGCAGUCUUUUGUCUACAGUUAGCUACAAAGGAUUUUGAAAACCAAGAGAAAACAAUAUUAACUGGAGACUGUUGUUACAUAAAUCCACUGGUGCGCAGGACCAUCAGAUUCCUUGGAAUUUACGCAUUUGGACUGUUUGCUACGGACAUCUUUGUAAAUGCUGGACAAGUAGUAACAGGGAAUCUUGCACCCCAUUUUCUUGCACUUUGUAAACCCAACUAUACAGCACUUGGAUGUAAACAGUAUACACAGUUCAUCAGUAGCGUACAUGCCUGUACUGGAAAUCCAGACCUUAUCAUGAAAGCCAGAAAGACUUUCCCAUCCAAAGAAGCAGCACUAAGCAUAUAUGCAGCUAUGUAUCUGGCUAUGUAUAUCACCAACACAGUGAAAGCCAGAGGAACAAGGCUGGCAAAACCUGUUCUGUGUUUGGGUUUAAUGUGCUUGGCCUUCCUUACCGGAAUCAACAGAGUAGCAGAGUAUCGAAAUCACUGGUCAGAUGUAAUAGCAGGAUUUGUAAUUGGAAUAUCUAUAGCAGUAUUUUUGGUUGUUUGUGUGGUAAAUAACUUCAGAGGACGUCAGCCAGAACAUGAACACUCUCAUCUGGAUAAUCUGACCCAGAUGCCCAUGAUCAGCAUACCCAGAGUAGAAAGCCCUUUAGAAAAGAACCACAUCACGGCCUUUGCAGAAGUCACAUGA